AUGAACGAUACAUUUAGUAGUACAGGGCCAAAUCAAACUUUAUAUUAUGCUACUCAUUCAAAUUCAACAUCUUCAUCCUCAAGUACUUCUCAGAAUAACAAUCAGCAACAUCAUUUAAAUGGCAAUAGUACAAAUGAUACUACAUCCGUAAAUAAUGUUGCGAAUAAUUCAAACCAAAGAGAUCAAUCAAAUGGACAUACAAAUAAUCAUCGUGGCAGUAGAGGAAAUAAUCGACAGUCAGUUAGUGGAUCUAAUCAAUCGAAUGAUUCUACAAUAAAUCAAUUACCUCAACAACAUCAACCACAACAUACUAUAAAUGAUAUAUAUAAUUUAAUAAGUCAAUUACAACAACAAAAUACAAUAAAUAAUCAAAUUAUAAUGAAAAUGAAUUAUAUGACGGAUUCAAUUGAAGAAAUUAAAAGAAAUCUACUGGAUUUUUAUCAACAAUUUUUAAUAACUUUACAAAAUAAUCAAAAUAAUAUUGGAUCUUCUUCUAAUGCUAAUAACAUGUUUGCUGGUUCAAACUUGAAUAAUCAAUUUAAAACUUUUGAAAUAUUUACAAAACAUUUAAAUAAAUUGAAUAAAGAAAUUGAAGAAAUAAAUAGUACUGGGCAAUCAUUAAGUCCGAAUCCAGUUCAGCAUCAACAGCAACUACAGCUGCAACUGCAACAACAACAACAACACCUGCAACAUCAGCAGCAGCAACAACAACAACAACAACAGCAGCAACAACUGCAACAGCGACAACAACAACAGCAACAACAAAGACAACCCUCAACUCAGCAACAAGCACAAAAUUCCCAAAAUCAACAAACACAACAACAGAUACAAGCUCAACAGCAUUCACAACUGACAUCACAACAAACUUCACAACAGCAACAUUCAAAAAAUAACAAUGUUCACAAUCAACAUCAAGUAAGGGUAAAUAACGUAGUGAAUGAAAGACGGGAUCAUCAUCAACUACAAAAUAGUCAAACCAACGGAACUACUUUUGAUGAGGAAACGGGUUUAACUAGAAAAAAUUUAGACUUAAGGUCCCCUGCUCCGCCUUCUGAUUCAACUUCUCCAUAUGUUUUUGACAUUGGUUUUUCAUCCAGGGGAACUAAUAUCAAUGGACAUAUUACUUCACCAAUAACUCAAACUCAAUUGCCCACUUCCAAUAUUCAACAGAAAAGAUUGAAAUCAACACAACAAAAUAACUCUGCUCAACAUCAAAUGACUCAUCAACAUCAACAACAGUCACAAAGACUUCCUAUACUAUCUCAACAAACUACUCAUACUCAAAACUCAAGUUAUUCUAAUUCAUACAUGUUGCCUAUGCCUCCUUUAUUAAGUGAGGAUAAAUCAAAUAAUUUAGCACCACAUGAUCAAUCUUCACAAUUCUUAUUAUCCAGAGAUAGUAGUGGUAUGAUGACAUCAGCUUUAAGACAACAACCAACUCAUACUCGACCUAUACCUCCUCAGCCUUCUGCUUCAACUUUUUCCUUUGAUGAUAAUGAUAUCGAACAAAGUAUAGAUGAAAUUGAACAACAAGCACAUGCUGCUGGUACCAACACAGCUCCAGCUCAACCAACUACAGGAUCAUCAUCUAAUAAUCAAAAUAAUACAUCAUCAAAUCAAAAUCAAACACUUACAAAUGAAGUCCAUAAAAGUUACAAGAAAAGAAAAUUAACUCCAGAUUUAAAAAACUCAAUUGAUUCAAAUGAUGUACCACAAUAUAAAUUAGAAAGAAGUUUAAAAGUAUUAAGUGAUAUAUGGAAAGAAUAUGCUUACGGAGUAAAUGAUAAACCCCCAUUAAAAUCAUUAGAAUCAAAAUAUGGAACUAAAUGGAGAAAUGAAACUGAAUCAAGAACUUUUUUAAGAAGGAAAAAAAUUUAUGAAGCAAUUGAAAUUGGUACAAAAAAAGGUUAUACUGAAGAUGAAGUUAUUGCUGAAUUGGAAAAUUAUAGAAGUUAUGAUAAAAAUGGUACUUUAAAAAGGAAACCUUUAUCUUGGUUAAGUUCAAAUAUGCCGGAUAAAUAUGCCAAUCCGUAG